ACUUCACUGAACUCUUGUGACCAUGCAAACAUGUCUCAUGUGAGUCGACUGGCAAUCCUUGGUGUGAGGAGUUUUGGGACAGAUGAGCACAAGGUGGUCGAGUUCAACCGGCCACUCACGCUCAUCCUGGGCCAGAAUGGGUGUGGCAAAACGACCAUCAUUGAGUCGCUGAAGUAUGUCACUACGGGGGAUCCGCCGCCUGGGAGCGGCAGCGGCUCCUCUUUCAUUCACGACCCAAAGAUUACCGGGGAGGCAAAGAUUAAAGGUCAGGUGAGGCUUCAGUUCUGCAGCGUGCAAGGGGAGAUGAUGACAGCGGUGAGGUCCAUGGAGGCCACACAGAGGGCCAAGAAGGUGGAGAUCAAGACCAUCUCCAACACUAUUGCACUGAGGGACAAGAGCGGCCAUGUUACGACCAUUGACGGGAAGUGUAAUGACAUUUUGACGAGCAUGUCAACAUACUUUGGAGUUUCCAAGGCAAUCCUGAACAAUGUGAUCUUUUGCCAUCAAGAAGAGUCAAACUGGCCCCUGGAUGAAGGAAAGAAGGUGAAAGAGAAGUUUGACGCCAUUUUCAGCGCCACACAGUACAUCAAAGCACUGGAUGCCAUAAAGAAGCACCGCAAGGAUAUGAUGUCAAACGUUAAAAACAUGAAUGUUCACUUGGGACUUCUGCGGCAACUGAAAGAAGAGGUGAAGAGGAAGCAGACAGAUCUGGAGAACUCAGAGAAGCAGCAAGCCAGCCUUAAGGAGGAGGUGCAGCAGAUUGCGGAUGAGUUAGUGCCACUGUACAAGAGACUGAAGGAGAUUGCCAAGAUGGAGGAUGACUUACUUGCCAUCAAGGAAGAAUUAGCUGGGAAGAAUCACCAGCUAAAGUCACUGAGACAGAUACAAGAGGAACUGAGAGCAUCAUUGACUGAGCAGUUGAAUUGUUCAGACCGGGAGCUUUAUAACAUGAUAGCUGACUUCAAGGAAAACUUGGAGAAAGCUGAGGCUCAACAGCAGAAGCUGGUGUCUGAAGGAAGGGAGAUAGACCAGGAGAUGCAGGAGAGGCAGCAUGAGUCAGCACGUGCCCAGAGGAGACAGGGGGAGCUGGAGGCAGCACACUCAGCACACAAGAUGGAGCUGGCACUAAGGAACACCACCAUGGCAGACCUGGUGCAAGAGUUUUCUUUAUCUGAGUUCAGGAAUGUGAGUGAGUUCUGUGAGCAGAAAGCAGAAGCAGUACUGUCCCAGCUCCUUCAACAUGUGGAGCUGCAACGUGCCAACAUCCUUACCAAGAAGAAAGAGUUUGAGGAGAAUGAAGCAAAGUUACAAAUGGAGAUUGACAACUUAAGGUCUGAGGAAGCUGCUUUACAGUACAAGAUCAAGAGCAAAGGCACUGAGCUCAAUGAGCUGAACCAAAAGAUCAGAGAAAAGAAGCAGAAACUAAUGCGGACAGAGAGUGAGCUUUCCUACACCAACCUAGACACAAUCAAGGAGGAGCUGGCCCAGGUGGAGGAGAAGAUCCAGACAGAGGAGGCACUAGUCAGCACUAAAGUGAUGGUUGAGGAAAUUGAUGAGGAGAAGAGGAAGAGGCGUGAGUUGCAGGGGGACUUGGACGAGGCCAAGCGCUUGGUUUCCAAGAUGACACGGCAGGCAGAGGACCGCUCCCAGCUGGACAUCCACACCAAAGAUAGGAAGGACCUGGAGAAUAAGAUUGAGUUUUUGAAACGUAAACAUGCUGAUGAGUUUGAGCACCUGCUUGGUGAAAUGCCCCAGGACAACAUCAAGAACAAAAUGGACACCUGUAUGCACAGCCUGCGAAAGUCUGUAGCAGAGAACCAGGAGAGCCUGUCAUCCCUGAAUAAGAGGAAGGCUCAGCUAGACACAACAAUCAAGAGCCUUAAAGUUCAAGCAGAAAGGAAAGAGAAAGAGAUUAAUGAAUUAGAGAACAAAGUGAACAGUAUCUGUGGGGGAACAGAUUUGGACAGAUCUCUGGUCAAAGCUAAGAAGACAAAGGAAGACUUGACUCGUGAGAGAGCAGACCUGACAAGCUCCAUUGGUGUGCUCAAAAAAUUUCAGGACAGGUUGAGACAGAAAGAUUGUUGUCCUUUGUGUCACAGAGAUUUUUCCACCAAAGAUGAAGUUUCAUCUCUUAUUGAAGAGCUGGAGGAGAAAGUGAGCAGAAUUCCAGAGAAGCUGAGAGGCGUGAAGGAGAAGCUUGAGGAUCAGGAGAAACUGCAUGACCAGAUGAUCCAAUUGCAGCCUCAGAGGGACCGGACCAUCCAAGUGCGUUCCGAGUUGGAGAAGAUCAGGGCACAGAUAGAGGAAGACAUGAAGGAGCUACAGUCUGUGAACCAGGAAAUUGAGAACAAGACUGAGCUAUUGGAGAUGACACAGAGUGACGAGGAAACAGCCCGCAGCAUCCAAGGGGACGUCAUCACCAUAGAGAAUCACCUGCGGCGUGUGAAGCAGCUUGGGGUGCAGAUAGAGGAUCUGCAGGCCACACUGGGAGGUGCAGAUGGAGGCCUGAGUUUGGAGGAGGCUAUGGCUCAGCAGGGUGAGCUGGAGGAACGCUACCGCAAGACUCAGCUCAGGUUGGAGGAGCUGCAAGAGAAGCUGAGAGAGCACCAGGACCGUCUGCAGGGAUACAAGAACCGUAAACUUGAGCUCUCUAGACAGGAACUUGAGCUGAAGAACAAAAUGCAGGAGAUGGUCAAGCUGAAGGAGGAAAAGGCUAAGGAGGAAAAGGUUCGCUUGGAGGAGAAUCACAAACAGUUGGAAGAGGAAAUAGAACAAGCUAAAGUUGAGAUCGCUCCCUAUAAGUACAAGAUCAAUGAGAAAACCAAAGAAAAGGGCCAGAUCACCCAGAACAAAGAGAACUAUGUCGAUGUUGAAAACAAAAAGGUGAAUGCUGUCCUGGAGAAACACCGAUCUGCCUUCAGCACUCACUCCAGUAUCAAGGAAUACAUUGCUGGUGGUGGUGAGAAAAACCUGCGUGACAUCCAGCAGAAAAUUUCAUCCUUGCUUAAAAAGAUAAGUUCCCUGGAAUCACAAAAGCAGUUGCUCAAUGAGGAUAAUCGGAAACUAGAGAAGGAGAUCACCAACCAGAGGGAAAGGAAGAGGAAUCUUGACAGUGAGAAAAAGAUCCGAGACAAGGAGAGAGAAGCUGAGACAGUCCAGCAUGAAAUUUCAUCACUGGAGGAGCGUGUUGGAGGAUUCAGCGUGGAAACUCUCAUUGAGGAAAAGAUGCAGCUCAACAGUAGAGGAUCUUCCCUUCAGACAAAGAAAUCAAAUCUGGAAGGGCAUCUUCAAGAACUGGAAAAAAACAUUUCACUCUUGAAGGUGGACCUUGAUCGCAAGCAGAUGAAAGAUGCCCCUAGUAACUUCAAGAAAAAAAUGUUGGAAUUGAAGUGCACGGAGAUGGCUAUUGAGGACGCCAACACCUACCACAAGGUGCUGGAUACGGCCAUCAUGCGUUUCCAUCGGGAGAAGAUGAAGACCCUCAACACCAUUGUGCGGGAACUGUGGCGCCAGACCUACAAGGGCAAUGAUGUUGACUACAUAGAGAUUAGAACUAAAGACACUGAGGCCAAAGGAGCUGACAAGCGCCAAACUUACGACUACAGAGUUGUCAUGGUUAAAAACGAUAUUGAGAUGGACAUGCGAGGGAGGUGCUCUGCUGGUCAGAAAGUGUUGGCCUCACUGCUCAUCAGGAUGGCUCUUGCCGAGACCUUCAGCUGCCAUUGUGGUAUCCUGGCUUUGGAUGAACCUACAACCAACCUGGACAAAGAAAACAUUGAUGCUCUUGGUGCAGCUUUGUCUGAGAUUGUCAAUGCUCACAGAAACAGGGCCAGCAGUCAGCUCAUUGUCAUUAGCCAUGACUCAAAUUUCCUGGAGAAGUUGGCUUGCUCAUCUCUUGUUGAUGAAUAUGUUGAGGUGACCAGGAAUGCAAAUGGUUUAUCACAAAUCAACAUGCGCAAGUUCAAGGAAACUACAAGAGUGUGAGACAGCAAGACUGCUCCUGUCAGUUGUUGGGAAUUAUAAUUAUACAAUUGAUUUAAAAAUGAUUUUACAUGAGAUUUCCUCCUAACUUGAUAUUUACAAGGAUUGGAUUGUUUGAUAUACACAAUACAAAAAUUAAAUAUAGCACAAAAGAAAAUACCAGUGAACUUAUAAAUAAUAUUUUACUUUUGUAAAAUACAAUCAGGAAAUUAAGUAAAAGGUUUCCUUAUAGAUCUGUAUGUAGGGAGAGUUUUUAUUUAUUUAUUUUACUAUCAUUUUUUCUUACUGUAAAGUGACAAGCAAGUCAUUUCAUCACAAUUAUCUGGGUCACUUCCUUCAACAUCAAUGAAAUCCUUGUUUAGGGACACUUUAAGUUAGCUUUUUAUUAUACUGCACCAACUAUUGUUAUUUACCUUUUCAGCUUCCUAAAUUAUAUAUAAGAUCUUGAGAUUUGAGUAGAGAAUAUUUUACUGCAUAUGUACUACUGGAGUGGUUAAAGUAUAAAGGGUGGGCCAGAGAGCUUGAUGGAGAAGGUGGAUGAUGAAAAAUAGAGCAGCAGAGGUUAAAAGGAACCUUUUCAGGAGAUAAAAGCAGCUUAUGAUAGAUGGCCAUCUCUGUUCUAUCUUUUCCACUGUGCACUAUCAACAUAGCUUUCCUGUCCAUGUCUUAUUCCAGUGAUCCGUCACUGCCUCUUUUUACAUCCCAUGGUGCUUCUUUCUCCUUCAAAUCUUUCAUCAUCAUUUCGGGAGAGGUAAUGGGCAUGGAGUGAACAUGGUGGGUAGUGAUGGGAUAGGUAGCAAGACAAAAGAAUUUGAUGGUUAUUGUUCUGGAUGGCAAUUGGAGGAUUUGUAUAAUUUACUGGGUUGAUGUUCAUAACUUGAAACUGUUAUGAAUCUUUUUAAGAAAAUUGUUGCAUAUAUGAAUCGUGAUGUUUUUGCCUUGUCUACUGUUGGCUGUGGAGAGAGAUGGUGAAGUUUGUGUAUUUGUCAUGGGCUGAGUAUUGUAGAGACUAAAUAUGAUGUUAUUUUAUUGUAUGUGUGUGUGUGGAUGAGUGCUGAUUUCUUUCUUUUCUUAGCCAUCCUAUAUAUCAGUGAAUUUCAGGUUUGAACAGUACAUAGAGUUUGCCUGUAUAUCAAGAACUUUUUAAAUAAAACAGAAAGAAAUGAU